AUGUCGGCAGCUUCCCUCCUCCUCCUCCUCUUCCCCCUCUGCUGUCUGUUCUGGAACAGUCUGGCCAUGCCACAGUUUCCAGAGAAAGAGAAGGAUCCCUCUUACUGGACCAUGUGGGCACAGCGUACGCUGAGGGGCUCCCUGGAGCUGGAGAAUCUCAACAAGAAUGUGGCCAAGAACCUCAUCCUGUUCCUGGGAGACGGCAUGGGUGUUCCCACGGUGACAGCAGCACGGAUUCUGAAAGGGCAGCUGAAUGGGGAGAGUGGAGAGGAGUCCCAGCUGGAGAUGGACAAAUUCCCCUACGUGUCUCUGUCCAAGACGUACAACACCAACGCCCAGGUGGCGGACAGCGCGGGGACAGCCACGGCGUACCUGUGCGGGGUGAAGGCCAACGAGGGGACGGUGGGAGUGAGCGCGGCCGCCGUGCGCUCCCAAUGCAGCACCACCUUCGGAAACGAGGUCACCUCCAUCCUCAAAUGGGCCAAAGAUGCAGGGAAGUCUGUGGGCAUUGUCACGACGACGCGUGUCAAUCAUGCCACGCCCAGUGCGGCCUAUGCCCACUGCGUGGACCGUGAUUGGUUCUCAGACGGAGAGAUGCCCACAGAGGCGCUGGAGGCAGGCUGUAAGGACAUCGCCCUGCAACUGUUCGAGAACAUUCCCGACAUCAACGUGAUUAUGGGUGGGGGGCGGAAAUAUAUGGCCCCCAGAAACAGCUCGGACGUGGAGUACCCCGAAGAGAGGAAGCAUAAUGGGACCCGCAGGGAUGGGAGAAACCUGGUGGAGGAGUGGAGGGGCCGGAUGGUGGACAGGAAAGGCCGUUACGUGUGGAACCGGAGGGACCUCUUGUCCCUGAACCCCAGCAGUGUGGAUUAUUUACUGGGCCUCUUUGAGCCUGGAGAUCUGCCGUAUGAGCUGAACAGGAACAGGGAGACCGACCCCUCACUGACAGAGAUGGUGGACAAGGCCAUUCGGGUCCUGCAGCGGAACCCACAGGGCUUCUACCUGCUGGUGGAGGGGGGUCGCAUUGACCACGGUCACCAUGAGGGCAAAGCCAAGCAGGCUCUACACGAGGUGGUGGAGAUGGACCGGGCCAUCGAGCAGGCGGGGCAGCUGACCAGCGUGCACGACACCCUGACCGUGGUCACGGCCGACCACUCCCACGUCUUCAGCUUCGGCGGCUACACACCGCGAGGGAACUCCAUCUUCGGGCUGGCUCCCACAGUGAGCGAUGUGGACCAGAAGCCCUUCACCUCCAUCCUGUACGGCAAUGGCCCCGGGUUCAAACUGGUGAAUGGCGUGCGUGAGAACAUCUCCACCGUGGAUUACGAGCAUAAUAACUACCAGGCGCAGUCGGCCGUGCCCCUGCGGAUGGAGACCCAUGGCGGGGAGGACGUGGCCGUGUUCUCCAGGGGCCCCAUGGCACACCUUCUGCACGGCGUUCAGGAGCAGAACUACAUCCCCCACGUCAUGGCCUACGCUGCCUGCAUCGGCCAAAACACACACCACUGCCAGUCUGCCAAUGACCACGCCCCCACACUCGCUGUGACUCCUCCCACCCUCACAGCACUCCUCAUCCUGACUGGCCUGCUCUGCUGA